UCUAAAGCAGCAAACGGCCAUUUAACAAGAAGAAGAACGUAUUAACGAGAGAUGUGUUUAUCAUAAUAUUGUUAACCGUAAUAGACAAUACGGUUAUAAAUUCGCUACCGUUUAAUACAACAUAUAUGUAUAUUUGUUAUGUACGAGUGUGAAGCGAUAUAAGUCAGUGUUGCAGGACAGUGGACCUUCAGGACCAGACUUGAAGAACCAUCCAGUGGGAUGACCGAGUUUGUGUAGUUUUGAUUUACUUUAUUUAAAACCUCCUGUCUAAGAUCUCCAGUCUUAGGCCAUAGGUUGUGUAAACAAUGUUGAGGUGGUUUUCAGCAGAUGAGUCCAGCUCUGCGCAUGGAGCUCCUGUCUCCCCGCAGGUGGACAUGGGCAGCGAAAUGAGAGUUGCUGAGAUCACUGAGCAGCUAACACAGAUGGAGGAACUUGUGGCCAAACUAAAAGAGUUGAUAAGGGAAAAGGAUGCAGCACUCAGCAGUAAAGAUAACCAAGCUAAGGAGCUGACAGAACAAAUGCAGCGCUUGCAGGGUGAGAAAGAAAACUUUCAGGCAAAGCUGGAGGCAGAACGUCACAUUACUCGGGCUCGGAUCAAGGAUCUACUGGAGAAACAUGAAGCAGAGUUGCUCAGUGCUGCUAAUAAACAUGAGACUGAGUUGUCAGAGAAGGAGCAGGCCUUACGCAGACAGCUUGAGACCCUUCAGCGCUCUAUAUCACAGCCCGCAGAUGCAUCAGCAAACCAAUCUACUUGCAUCACAGCUCAGAGAGUCACAGAGCUGCAAGCCCAAGUGAAGCUGAAAGAAGCAGAGGCCAGUAAAGCAGAAGCAAAGUUUUUAAAAAUGAAAGCAUGGUCCAAAUCUAGGAUCAGGCAGAUCGAGGAGGAACUCAAAAAAGUUAAGUCUGGAGUAUUCAGUCUCGACAUGUCCCCGAAUGUUACGUCCCUACAUAGUCGCAUUACUGAGUUGCAAGAGGAGAGAGAGGAAAUGCUCAGCAAACUGGAGCUGUAUGAAGAUAUGAAGGCAAAAAAUGAUUUUCUUGAGACAUCAAUAGAUGAACUGCAGAAGCAGCUUAUGGAAUAUAAAGAACAGCAGAGGAAGAUGCAGGCCGACUUGGAACAGGUGACCAAGAGAGCAGCAUCACAGGUGAGUGAGACAGGCAGCAUGGAUGAUGUUCAGGUGAUGGAGUGGCAAGAAAUGAUUACCAUGGUGACUGAGGCAGAAAGGGUUCGAGAUCAGAGUCAUGAGAAGAAUGUCAUGGCCUUCAGAUUGAGCCACAACGAGGAGGAGAGAGAGGAAUUAGCCAAUCGGCAAGAGGAAGUGGAGGAGGAGUUGGCCCAGGCCCGUGGACUCUGCACACAGAAAAGCAGGAAGCCCAAAUAUUUCACCCCACACAGCCUGCAGGAGGACUUGGAAUUUCAUAGUAGGCAAGACCCAAUAAGCCCCACUGAUUGCGAUGUUCUUGUAAAUGGAGAGAACAUGGGUGGAUGGUGGCCACAGCACAGUGCUGCAGAUACAGAUGGCUUGAGGUCUGUUGUUGUGGAGCUUGAACUCGAGAGAAACCAACUGCAGGAACAGAUUUUGGUCCUUGAGAAUCAGUGCCAAGAUCUAGAGGACCGUCUGCAACUUCAGGCUCGCAUUGAAUUACUACAGAAUGAAUCUGAGCGCCUGCAGGCACAGGUCGCCAACCUUCGCAGUCAGCAGAUAAAAGACACAGAAAAGCAUCAGCUACUCAUCGCCAGCUUGAACAAACAACUCAAAGGACUGAGCAGCACACAGGAGUGUCUGGAGUCCUCGCUGAUGGAAAAAGAGCAUACGCUUGCCAGAACCUCAGAGAAACUGGAGUUUAUUGAUGGUCUGAGAGAGGCUUUAGAGACGAAAGAAAAACAAAACCAAGAAACAACUGAAAAACUGCUUCAGACUGAACACAAUCUGGCUGAAGUUAUAAAGACAUGCAGCACCUUUGAGAAGGAAAACUCAGACAUGAAAGCAACCGUUGCAGAACUGACACUUAGACUCAGUGUGCUGAAAGAUAAGAUGCAGAAGCAAGAGACAACUAUAGAAUCAUUGCAGAAUGAUCUGGUUCAAACAAAUGAUGAUCUCGAUAGACUGAACGCUGCUCAUCUAGAAGAAAGAGCACAACUGGUUCAUGACUUGCAGAGCUGUGAGCGUGAAAUCGAUAGACUUCAAGAUGUCAUCACUGAUAAGGACAAAGAUAUAUUGGCACUAACAUCCAGUGCAGCAGAAUAUUCAGAGCAAAUUCAUGAACUAAAACAGGAAAUGAAGAUCAAAGAGAAUGUGCUGAGUAAAAUUGAACAGGAUGUUCAAAUCUUUAGAGACCCACAGCUUUCUGACCAACAGUUCUUUAAUGCCCUAAUACCUCAGCUGAUUGAACAGUUGAAGAGAACUGAAACUGAUCUAAAAGUAUCUAAAAAAAUUUUUGAAUUAAAGACUAAUGACAUUAAAGACUUAACCAAGCAAACAGAAGAGGACAAGAAAACAAUUCAGGAUCUCCGCAUGGAAAUACAGAAGCUGAAUAUGAAUCUCAAAGAACAGCUAUUGGAUAGAGAACAAGUGCAUGAAAAAGACUCUUUCCUGCAUGAACAUAAUAAGUUGCUUGAUGAAGUAAGCAAAUAUAAAAGUGAGCUUUUAAUGUUCACUAGAAAACUUGAGGACAAGGUUGAAUGUCAAGAACAGCUUAAGAAAGAUGUCCAAGAUAAGUCAAAGAUAAUAUCUGUAUUGGAACAUAAGCUGAAGAUUGUUCAAGAGGAGACAGUAGCUGAGAGAGAUAGACUUAACAAAGAACUUAAGAUUCUAAAUGAAGCCAAAGAAAACCUUGAGAAAGACUUGUCUGAUAAAAUUGAGAGUAUUCAAUCUGUGAAUAAUAACAAUCAGAAACUGAAGGAAUCGCUCGUGCAGACUUUGGAAGAGCUUGCAAGACAAAGGCAGCACCUGGAUAAUGCUAAGGAGCAAAUGCAAGCUAUGCAAGAUCAGAAUUGCAACUUGAUUUUAAAAGAUGAAAGUCUCACUAAUGAUAAUUGUCAAUUGAAGAGGGAAAUUGAGGCUAGCAUCCAGUCCCUGUCUGAUGUUUCAGAAGAAAAGAAAAGACUGGCAAGCAAGAUAUCUGAAGUUGAACAGCAGCUUUCAGAAAGUGUUAAAACAAUAGAAAACUUGCAAAUAGAUAAUGAAGAGCUAACACUCAAAGGAAAUGAACUGAAUAAAGAACUUGAGCAAAACAAACAGUCAUUGGCUAAUAUUAUUUUAGAAAAAGAUGGCAUUGUUAGACUCCAUGAGACACUGAGCAGGCAACAUCAACAAUUACAAGAAAUGUUUGAAGAGAAACAAAAAGAAGUGCUUACACUAGCCCAAGUUGUUUCUGAAAUGAAUAACAAGGUUGCAAAAACAUUUAAAGAAAAUGAAACACAUGCUUCUAAAAUUGCUAGUCUUGAUGAACAGAAUAAGUACCUCCAGAAACAAACAAAUGAACAGAUGAAGUCACUCACAGAAACAACCAAGGAGAGGGAGAUUCUACAAAACAAAAUCUUGACUUUUGAAACACAAGUUGUGGAAAACUGUAAAAUCAUAGAAUGCUUGCUUAAACAAAAGGAAGAUUUGAUUUUGCAAGUAGAGGAGCACAAAAAUAUAGAAAAGAAACUGCAGUCUGGAGCUGAGACCUUGCUAGAAAAGUCUUUAGAAUGUGCAGCCCUCUCUAAAUGCCUCAAGGAGUCCAAAGAGGAAGUAGAUCAUCUUAGGAGAGAACUUGAAUCCACCACUUCUCAAGUCCUUCAGUACAAACAUAUUGUUUUUGAAAAAGAAAAGACCUUAACAGAUCAAAGUACUCAAAUGGAAGCUUAUCAGCACCAACUCAAGCAAUUACAAGAUAGUCUUUCUAUUCUUCGAGAACAAGGUAAUAAUUAUAAAUCAGGUCUGACAGAGAAAGACACACUGAUGCAGAAAGAAUCAAAUUCAUGUUGUUUGCUACAAAACGAACUUAGUCAUGAACAAGAACUUGUUUUUAUCCUUCAACAAGAGAUGAGUUCUCUGAAAAUGGAGUAUUCCAGACUGAACCAGACUUCAGAAAUGAAAGAAAGUGCUUUAAGAGAGAAAAAUCUUGAAUGUCAGAAUCACUCAGAUGAAUUGUACAGAAGAAAUGAGUCUGUGCUGUCACUAACUAGUCAGCUUGGUAUUAUGAAUGAAAAUAUUGUGAAGCUUGAAUCUGACAAUGCACAUUUAAAAGGUAAUUUGGAGGAGCAUUUAGCAGAAAAUGUAAGAUUAAAAGAGGUGCUCAGACAGAAACAAAUAGAGGUUGUGGAAUAUCAAGAUAAUGCCCAGGCAAUAAAUGGACAAAACACUAUAAUUAAAUCUGAAUUGAGGAAUUCAAUGGCAGAAAUAUUUAGACAACAAGAGAUGACCACAUCCCUACGAAAGUAAUUGGAAAAUAAAAGUGUCGAACUGGCAUCUUU